CAAUCGCACGUCGCCUUGCUGCGUGGUCCGGAGCUUGGCCAUGGCGGGCUGGGACCCGCUCGGCCGGGCCUUCGCAUUGUUUUGGUGCGGCUUCGUGUGCGGCGGAUCCUGCGGCACUGUAGAGUUCCUGCCAUCGUUUCUGAUUGCAUCAGGUCCUGAAGUAAACGUGUUCUUGGUGGGUGAAAACACUUCUACUUUUAAACUUGGCGUGGAAACAGUUGCAGCUACUGAUGAUUUGUUGCAGUCCAACUGUGUGGAGAGAAAUCGCACUGAUAAUUGGAGACUGACUAGCUCUGUUGAUGAGUUCAACCUGUUGAUGGUGAAUGUGCAGCUGACCCUGGACCGACCACUCAUACUUUGUGAAAAUGUAUCAGGUGAAGCCCGCUGCUGUUCGGAACCACUCUGCAUUCUCGAAACACUCCGUGUAACGGCCUGUCUAAAUGGCAAUGUUUCAGCAACACUGUUUGUUCAGGCUAUAAUAUAUGUGAACUCCACUUUCCAAGGAAUGAUAAAUGAAAACAACCAGCAGAUUCCAAAACAAAAGUACCAUCCACUUGGACCCUGCCCGUGCAACUUAACGGCAAAAGCUUGUGAUGUAGGAUGCUGCUGUGAUAAGGAAUGCACACCUGACAUGAUUGAGCUGUUUAAUUCCCACUGCAUUCCAGGAGUAUUUGGUGGCAAUGUGUCCCAACCCUUUGACCAGCUAUGCUCUGUUCAGACUGUGCCGAGAUCUCUUGACUGGUUCCCAUUCCUCUGUGUGCAGUCUUCUCUGGAGAACUCACCAUAUUUGGGGCUGUUCUUUGAAGGCAAUACUGUUGAUGUUGCUGAAGAACUUUCCUUUGGCAUGGCCACAUCUACAACAGUAAACAUUCCUGUUGGCUACCAUCAGGGAGAUCCUAUCGUUAGACGUGAAGAUGAGCUCUUUACCAUUCCACAGAAAUCCUUGAAUGGUCAAUGCUUGAAGAACGCCCCUGUGGCUUACUUGAAAGACUUUGAGGCAUGGUGUGUAAGUCCACUAACAGCUGAAGCCUGUACAGAUAUCAUUGGAGUUGGUGAAUCGAUCCAGAAUGGCCAGGGAACAAUGAUGCUACCUGCUGUAACCUAUCAGAAUGCUACAGACCUCAGCAGUUUCAUUCCAGCAACUACUUCAGCUUCAGAGUUCCCAUUUAUCAAGCAGCAGAAUGUCUCGACAUCUCUCGGAUUGGUUAAUGUAUCAGAGCCCAAAGUUGUGAAGGGAAUGUGUGAAAAUAUGAUUCUGCAGGCUGAUUAUGUCUUCUACUGGAAUGGGAGUACAAUAUCUAAUAUCACUUUACGUGUCACAUUGGGAAAUAUUUCCUUAGAUUCAUCAGCUACUGUGACCCAAAGGUUCAGUGUUACCUUCAUUCACUCACGCAGUGAACAUCACACCCAGGUGACUCGGUCCGGCAAUCCAGGUUACUUAGUUGGAAGACCAGUUCUGGCUGCCCUUGAGAGAGGCAAAAAUUUGCAGCAAGUCCCUUUAAGAAUAUGGCGACCAGUUGGAAAUGGGCUGUGCUCAUCAGCUAAAACCACGUCGUUAUUGUUUGGAGAGGAUGCAACCUCUGGCUGCCUGUUGCGCCUUGGCAUUGAUGAUUUUGAAAACUGUACUGCUCUUCGGUCCACUGUUUAUGAAAAUCUGCUCAAUCUUGUGCCAGCGGAUUACGUAGCACAGAGGGGAAACUCCAACUUCACAGACCUAUCAGAGUGGGUGUCGUUAUUUAAAGCUUCAUUUAAGGAUUUCCCUGAAGGUAGAUUUUAUGGAUUCUGUGCUGGGGUUCCUGCCGCUAUGAACAUUCAGUUUCUCACAGCAGUUGUUGGUGCGGUUGAAGGAGUCCCACAAUGGGUGAUACUUGGAGUUGAGGUCAGUUUCUCCACAGUGAGCUGGCACAUUUCUUGUGGAGGAGGAGAUAGUGCAGCCUGCAAGAACAGUUCCCUUCUUCAGUCCUUCGCCAUCCGCACGUCUGUGCAGUUUAUUCAAAUACCAGCCCAGCGAGAGCCUCCAUUGACCAGCUUCCAGUUGACCUACACUGAAUAUGACUGUGCUCGGAAUGACGUGUGUUGGCCUGACCUUGCCUAUCCAUUGACAAGGCGUUAUACAGGUGAAGCAUACUCACAAUCAAUUGCCCAGGGAAUGUUGCUGGUCUUCAUCUUCUUGGUGACUGCAGUGUUGGGAGGUCCGUGGAACAAAGUACGGAAGGCUUGGAAUGACGCGACCUUUUAAUAGCCUGCAGCAAGCUUGAUCCAUUACUCUUAUAGUGUUCAGUAACAUAAACACCAAGGUUCAGCAAUUCAGCAUCCAUUCAGAAUCUACCUCUUCCCCACCUUCAUUGUAUCCUCCUCUCUUUCGUUAAUGGUGUGCAAGCUUUUAUUUCUGUUGUUCCACAAAGUAAGCAAUCCUGUGGUGAAAGAUAUUUUGGUGUGAUUUAAAUUUGCAGAAUUGUUGCUGUUUUACAUUUUGAUGCAACUGCAGAAUUCAUGCACUUGAAUGGACACAGAACAUAACAUAAGCCACCCCUUUGCAUUGUUCUAAAUGUUUCAGUGUAAAUAUUUUAAUGUAUUUUUAUAUCGGAGUAUUGUAAAACCCUGAUAUGGUUUUGAAUACAUGUUAUUUUGUACUUAAAAUUAGGCAGUGCAUGACCAUCUUUUGUUCUAAACCCAAAACGUUGUUUCUCUUGCACAAUAGACUUGGAACUUGUCUUGAUACACCCAAACAAUAAAUAAAAGAUUGAUAUACA